AUGGGUUUUGCUACGUUUCUACAAGACAACUUUAUCCCCCAUGUGCCUCCCAAAGCGCAAAGUAGAAUUCUGGUGACGGAAGAGCAAAUAGCAGACGAAGAAAAAGACAAGAUCUCAAUUUCUUCGUUUUCCUCGGCAUCGACCUUGGAAGGUUCUAACCACCUUCACAGAAAAUUGAAAGGCCGUCAUGUUCAAUUACUUGGUAUUGGAGCCACUAUUGGUUCGGCCCUUUUCGUUGCCAUUGGAAAAGGUUUGAGCUAUGGCCCUUUAAAUCUUUUGCUUGGGUUCAUCAUUUGGUCAUUUCCAAUUUUGUUUAUUACCAUCUCCACCGCAGAAAUGGUCACCUACUUGCCAAUUCCUUCGCCAUUUGUCCGCUUGGCCGGAAGAUGCUGUGACAGUGCACUUGAGGUGAUGACGGCGUGGAAUUUCUGGUUCUUAUGUUGUGCGCAGAUUCCUUUUGAGGUGGUCACUGUCAACUCUGUUCUUCACUUUUGGAGGAACGACUAUUCUCCUGCCAUCCCAUUGGCUAUCCAAGUAGUGUUAUACUUUUUUAUCAAUGUGUUUGGUGUAGCCAUUUACGGUGAGGUGGAAUUUUGGUUAUGUUCUGGAAAAGUGUUGUUGGCUACGGGACUUAUCAUCUUCACAUUCGUAACUAUGGUGGGAGGAAAUCCCCAACACGAUGCAUUUGGCUUCCGCUACUGGAAAGACCCAGGCCCCAUGUCUGUGUUUAUGCAUACUGGCGACUUGGGUCGCUUUCAAGGUUUCUUGCAAUGUCUCAUUAGAGCUACCUUCACCUUUGCUGGACCCGAAUAUGUUUCACUUGUGGCUAGUGAAACCAUCAACCCUAGAAAGACAUUACCUUCCGCCUACAAACAGGUGUUUGUCCGCUUGUCCAUCUUUUUCAUUGGUGGUGCCCUCUGUGUGGGUAUCUUGGUAGCAUACAACGAUCCAUUAUUAGUGGCCAGCUUGACUGCCGCUAAGCCUGGUGCUGGCAGCUCACCUUAUGUCAUUGCCAUGACGAACUUGAAAAUUAAGGUGUUGCCCCAUAUUGUCAAUGUGUUGUUGGUCACCUCUGCAUUCUCUGCUGGAAACUCCUAUACGUUCUGCUCGUCCAGAACAUUAUACGGAUUUGCAUUGGACGGACAUGCUCCUCGCUUCCUUGCAGCCACUACAAAGACAGGUAUUCCUAUCUACUGUGUGAUAAUUUCUUUGUGCUGGUCGUUGAUUUCGUUUUUGCAAAUGGGUGAGCAAACAGCAGUUGUGUUGGACUGGAUUAUCAACUUGAUCACCUCGUGUCAAUUGAUCAACUUCACUAUUUUGUGUUUUACGUAUCUUUUCUUCUAUCGGGCAUUGAAGGCACAAGGAAUCGACCGCAAGUCCUUGCCGUUUGUUGGCUGGUUCCAACCGUGGCUCGCCAUUAUUGGUGGAGGUCUGGCUUUCGUUAUGAUUUUCGUAGGCACCUAUACGUUGUUUGUGCCUGGGGGCUGGGACUACAAAUCAUUUUUGUUUUCGUACUUGAUGAUUUUCGUUGACAUUGCCAUCUUCGUCAUUUACAAGGUGAUUAGAAGAACAAAGUGGCAGAAGGCCAGCGAGGUAGACUUGGUGACGGGAUUGAAGGAGGUAGAGGAGCACGAACUGUGGCUCUACCAGAAGCUUGCUGCCGAGGGCAAAAUGGAUGAAGAGGGUCAGAUUCGUAGGACAUUAUGGCAGCGGAUCUCCACGGUGCUUUUCGGAAGUGAGUUCUAG